AUGUGUUGCCAAAGGUUUCCGUGGCGACUGCCUAGGAUGCUUUGUUCCAGAAUCCCGUUGCCCUGGCAACCGCAAGGGCAGCAUCCGCCACUCCCGUUCCACGUUGUCGUCGUGGGGGCCAUGUUGGACCCCCACCGCCGGUCGGUGCUGACCAACGCGUGCGUCAAAGCCGCGGUCGACCCCAUUACGCGGACCCCCGGCACCAUCUAUGAGCCCAAAGGCCAGGUCCGGCUGCUGGGCCUGCUCUCCGAGAGCUCCCCUUCGCUACAGGAGGACUAUCUGGACGCUGGGGAUGGGAUGCUGAUCUGCAUGAAACGCACAAACAAGAUGGCUCCCAGAGCAACAAAGAAGUACGACUGUGAACCUACACAAAUAAACCCGAAUGUCAGCGAUGCCUCGGACACCGAGCCCGAUCCAGACUCAAACAGGCAAUUGGUGUUCCCGACUCCGGACUCCUGCAACGACUCCCCGAGCCCCACUCCAUUGCUCGAGUCCACCAAACCACCCCGAUCGGGCUCCUUCCCCUUCCAGUGGAUGUGGGAGAGCUUCUCCCUCAAAGGCCAGGCCGUCUACCAGGACCACUUCCUCGAGAAGGCCAAGAAGAAGAAGAAGAAGAGAUCCACGCGGUCACCUUCCCUCUCGAUCCACGAGCCCCCCUGCACCCCAGAACCAGGCUUGGUCUCUAACGAGGACGUGCACGGCCUGGAGAUGCUCAAGCCUCCCGGCGUUGCCGAGCCGCCCCGUUCCCGGCCAAGGCACCACAAGUGUCGCCCGCACGGAGGGCUUCCUCCGGGGAGCUCCCUCUUCCCGCUCUAUUGGAAGAUGGAGGCCCGGGCCGAGGCUCGGAAGCGGCAGCUGCGCCAGGAGCGCCGGCGCUGGCUCCAGCUCACCCAGCAGCUUCUGAGCCUCGAAGCGGGUUCGCCCCGGAAGGAGAAGCGCCUCUCCGUCAAGCAGCUGGAGGAGAAGCUCCGAGCCGAGCUGCUCUGCUUGGCCACGGAGCCGGAGGAGCCGGGCCCCCAGAAAGGCAAGGGGCCCGAGAAGGCGGCGGCGGCGGCGAAAAGGGAGCCCACCUUCAAGCCCACCAUCAACCGCAGGAUCCCCAACUUCAAGAGCCUGCAGAGGCGCUUCCAGGAGCAACUCGCACAGAAGAAAGAGCAAACCAAGCUGACCGUGUGCAAACCUUUCCGCCUUCACGCUGCCAGCAGUUCCCAGGCCCUUUCAGGGAACGAGAGCAAGCAGACUGAUGAUGAAGAAGACCCCUUCCAUAGGUUCCAGCGGCUGUGGGGUGUCCAGUGGCAGGGCCAUUCCUGCCCCGACUUCAGCCCUCCCGUGGUCCCACCCGUGGCGCAGACCAAGACCUCCGGCAAACGGCAAGAAGCCAACAGGCUGCUGCUGUUGGAAUGGGAACGCCGUGAGCGUCAGGAGAAGCGCAGAGCCGAGCAACGCAGGGCCAAAGAGCAACAGGUCCAGCGGGAUGUGGCCAAAUGUUUGGCCACUUACCGGAUCCCCGGCUACUCCCCGAUGUCCAUCCAGAGGCGGCGGGAAGAGCUCCGGCGACAGGAGAAGCAGCGCGCGGAAGACUACACAUUGCAGCUGCAAGAAAUACACGAACGGGUGGAGAGUCGGCCUUUUCUCUUCGAGAGAGUCAUGCAGGCCAAUGCUCGCCAAGCUGUGGAACGACGAUUCUCCCAAGUCCUGAAUGCUUUGGGGAUCGACGAAGAGAUGCUAUGGAAGCAUGCGGCGCGCCCGUCGACUGCCAGUUCCUCUGCCAAAUCCACGUCAAAGAAGUCCGAGUCUUCGGAAUAUCUGCCAGAAGAUUUUCCAGCGUUUUCUGAAGACCCUCCGGAGCUGAAAUUCGGCAAACAGAGGACAGCGAGAGAGAGAAGCUUACAGCCAGCCAUGUACUCCCUUCCCCAGGAUCUGUAGCCACGAAGCACCCCAAAAUAAAGCUUAAGAGGCCCCCAGA